AUCUUUUUGAUUUCUUGCGGAGUAUAUACCUAGGAACAUAUCCAAAACAUUACCCUUGCUGGUGACACUUGUGCUUGUUUGCAGUUGUGAUUGUUCUGCCUCGACAUCUUGGAAAGCGAUACCGAAGAAACUAUGUCCGGUCCAGGCGUCGGUUACGAGUACCCGUCCACCGAAGUAUCAUGGCUGAAGCGAGACGUCCUUUUGUUCGCAGUCAGCAUUGGCUGCACCGUUGACGAACUACACUUUAUCUAUGAACUCCAUCCCAAGUUCGCCGUCUUCCCGACAUACUCAAUCAUCCUACCAUUCAAAAAAACAACGCAAGAAGUAAUAGAUUUCUACGCCGCCCAAGCCUCCAACCCAAUCCCCGGCGUCCCCAAACUCGACAGCCGCCGCGUCGUCGACGGCCAGCGCCUCCUACAAUUCCUCAAACCGCUCCCCGUGACUUCCGAGGGCCGCCGAUUCGAACUCCGCUCCAAAGUCCUCGGCGUCUACGACAAGGGGAAGCCCGGCACCGUGGUCGAGACCGAGCAGACCAUCGUCGACAAGGACACGGGCGAAGUCUACACCCGCGCCGUCGGAUCGGGUUUCUUCGUCGGCCAGGGCGGAUGGGGAGGGCCCAAGGGUCCGUCAACGAUAAACUAUCCCCCACCAAAGGGUCGAGAGGGCAGUCCAGAUAAAGUCAGCGAGACGCAACUGACCCCCGAGAGUGCGCAUUUAUACCGAUUGAACGGCGACUACAACCCACUCCAUGCAACGCCCGAACCAGGCCAGAAAAUGGGCUUCGGCGGCCCCAUCAUGCACGGCCUAUUCAGCUGGAACACGGCAGCGCAUGCCCUGCUCAAGGAGCUCGGUGGCAGUGACCCGGCAAAUAUGAAAGAAUUCCAGGCCCGGUUCGCAGCGCCAGUGAAACCAGCCCAAAAGCUCGUCACCAAGAUGUGGAGGACGGGUGACAUCAAAGAUGGCUGGGAGGAGGUCAGGUUUGUGACCGAAGUCAACGGCAAGGUCGUGUUGAGUAAUGGGCGAGCUUUGAUGAAAUGUGUCGAGGGAAAGAGCAAGCUUUGAAUACUAGUAUCCAUGUCCAGAAACUUUUCUAGUAUACCAGCCAAUAACUAACAAAAAGUUGGCCUCAG